UGAAUGGAAAGCCUUGGUAGGGGAAAACCUGCCUCCUGCUGUUCCCCCCUUUUUUCUGGUCUGCCUAUUGACCACCAGGUAAACGGCAGUGUCUUUGCCAUUGUCUUGUGAUGACUCCUCUUUUUUUUUUUUCCUUUUCUGCCCAAAGUGUAUUUACAUCAGUUUAUUGCCAAGACCUGACCUAUACUCUCUCUCUUUACAGCCAUCCCAAAAUUGCGGCUGGACACCAUCUAUGUUUACGGUGUUGAUGAAAUGAGCACCCAGGAUAUCUUUGCCUAUUUUAAGGAGUAUCCUCCUGCACACAUUGAGUGGCUGGAUGACACUUCUUGUAAUGUUGUUUGGCUUGAUGAAGUGACAGCCACACGCGCUCUUAUCAACAUGAGCUCCAUGCCUCAAGAGGAGAAAAUGAAGCUCCAGGAAAGUAGCAAGAAAGUGGUGAAUCCCAGCAGAAAAGAGAAACAGGAGGAAAGCUCAGACGACGAAACAGAGGAGGGAGAGGUAGAGGACGACCAUCCGAGUGAUGCAGAGCUGGACACACUUUCUCAGGUGGAAGAAGAUUCCCUCCUCCGGAAUGAUCUUCGCCCAGCCAGCAAGCUGGCCAAAGGCAACAAGCUCUUCAUGAGGUUUGCAACCAGAGAUGACAAAAAGGAGCUUGGGGCUGCCAGGAGGAGCCAGUAUUACUUGAAAUAUGGGAAUCCCAAUUAUGGAGGCAUGAAAGGCAUAUUAAGCAACUCGUGGAAACGGAGAUAUCACUCGCGCCGGCUUCACCGUGAUGUGAUAAAGAAAAGAACUCUUCUUGAGGAUGAUGUUGGCCUGACGCCUCCCUACAAGCAUCGCCAUUCAGGCUUAGUUAAUGUUCCUGAGGAACCCAUUGAGGAGGAAGAGGAGGAAGAGGAAGAUGAUGAUCAGGACAUGGAUGAAGAUGACCGGGUUGUUGUGGAAUACCGAGAUGAGCUGCAGAGUGUCAAGCAGUCUCGUGAGCGGAGUACUUCUCGGAGAUGUAAUGCCAGUGAGUCUGACUCAGAUGAGAUGGACUACGACCUCGAGCUGAAGAUGAUUUCGACUCCAUCACCCAAGAAGAGCAUGAAGAUGACCAUGUAUGCAGAUGAAGUGGAAUCUCAGUUGAGGAGCAUCCGGAACUCCAUGAGGGCAGACAGUGUAGUGUCCAGCAAUGUCAAGAAUCGGAUUGGAAGCAAAGGCACGUCGGAGAAAGUUGCUGAUGUCCGAUUCCUUUUGGAAGAAAAACGGCAUGGAAAUCCUGGGCCUCCACAGCCCCUGCUCAGCUCUUUCAAAUCAGAUGUCCGGCAGAGGCUUGGCAAGAGGCCUCACUCCCCAGAAGCCCAGCAGCCCAGCGGUCCCUCAGCCUCUCACCGGGAGCCCGUGUCUGAUGUGCACAGCCGGCUUGGGAUCCCAAAGCAGGAUGGGAAGGGCCUGUAUUCAGAUACCAGAGAAAAGAAGUCUGCAAACUUAUGGACACGUUUAGGAUCUGCAUCAAAGAUGCAGGAAAAGAUCCCUGAGAGAGCUGAAAAACAGGUGGCAUUGUCUGAAGAAGAGGACUCUGAGCUCCAGCGGGCAUGGGGAGCCCUCAUCAAGGAGAAGGAGCAGUCCCGUCAGAAGAAAAGUCGGCUUGAUAACUUGCCCUCACUACAGAUUGAGAUCAGUCGUGAGAGCAGCUCUGGCUCAGACACAGAAUCCUGACGACGCUGCAGGCCCAGUUCGGAGACUUUGCCCUUGGCCCCCUGGCCCUGGCGCCUGGCUCUGCCACACACCAUCCAGCAUCCUGCUCUGAGGAAUCUGCAGCAUGAGGUGGCCCUUCGUGGCAGUGGUGACCUUGGCAGAGUGAGUGUGUGUAUUUGUGUUCCCUUAGAGAAUACACGGGGUUUUGUAGAAAACUUGUAGGUUCUUAAAAUUUUCCACAUACCGUUUUAAGGGAGGGGGGUAGGGAGAGAGUCCACUUGUUCCCUCAAAGAAUAUGGAACUUUCCUUGUUGGUCGCCUUUGCCUUCCUGGUCUUUCUCUCGGCAGCCUGUCAGGGCUGGCUCUGUGGGCUAACUGGCUGCCCCAGUCGCUGCCGUGCUCCUCCACAGUGGUUGUGAAUGUAAGUCCAGGCGAAGGCAGUGCCUGGGGUCUUCUCUGCCAGUCCAUCCAUGUCAGCAGUUUUGGCUCUAAACCCACCCGAACUGACUUUCUAUGUUUCAGGAAACUUUCCUACCUAAAAUGAAGAUUGAGCGUUGGAAGCCUUUGAAAGGAUGCAUACAGUCCUGGAAGGUGCUUUUUGUUCAUAAUUGAACGUAACCUUAAAAUUAUUUCCAUCUGUGUAAUGUUCAAAGAAAUUCAGCAAUGGAAAUACUUUUGCUGUUUCUACGGUGAAAGCUACUGUGGUGGUUUCAUAUGUAGAGCUCAAAUUAUAUAUAUGAAAAAUACAGCUUGUGUGUGUGUAUAGGAUAAAAUGGAAUCCCAGCAUGUAACCUCUGCUGGGAACUUCUUCUCAAGCCCUCCUAGAAUGAAGGGAGCUUGAGCAAGGAGCACUUCCUGGGGGACUGGGGCCCUUUUACAGAAAUAUGCCUUCAUUCUGUCACUGCUUCUUAAUGUCAUAAUAUGGAUGUCUAUCGUGGAUUUCCCCCCAUGUCCUCCAAAUCCAGGGUGGUUUAUUCUGUCUCCUUCCUUUGCAGAGAGAUGAGCCUUUAAUGUGAUCGUCUUAACAUUUUAGCCAGUAAAACGUGUAGUGAAAAGUU